AUGAAGUACACUGCCGUCCUCAGCCUGGCUCUGGCCGCUCUCGCCGCCGCGCAGAGCCGCAGCGACCUGCCCAGCUGCUCCCUGCCCUGCCUCGACGACGCCGUCGCGGCGACCUCCAGCUGUGGCAAGGACGACUUUGCUUGCAUCUGCAAGAAGUUUGACAAGAUUCAGGGUGCUGCCACGGGCUGCAUCCUGAAGGGCUGCGGCCAGGACGUUGCCCUCAACCAGGUGCUCCCCGCCACCCAGAAGCUCUGCAAAAAGGCCCUCGCCGGCGGCAGCGGUUCGUCCGCCGCCGGCUCGUCCACCGCGCCCGCGACGCCCAAGGGGUCCAGCAACACGGUCUCGGCUACGGCCACCGUUGCGCCCCCGACCAGCGCCCAGCAGCCCACGGAGCCUCCCACCACCACGGCUCCGACGAACCCUCCGUCGGUCACCGCUGGCGCUGCUGCCGUUGGUCCUGCGCUCGGCCUCGCCGUCAUGGCUCUGGGCGUUUUCGCCCUGUAA